AUGCCUUCAAGUAGAGGACAGUCUUAUGGAGCACAUUCAGAUAGUCUAAUUCAGGGGUCUGGGGAAGGGGCGGCAGACGCCACGUCGGGCCACGAAAGUGGCAAGAAGAAGCCCCUGAAGCAGCCCAAGAUGCAAACCAAGGAGAUGGAUGAGGAAGAUAAGGCAUUCAAGCAGAAACUGAAGGAGGAGCAAAAGAAACUCGAGGAGCUAAAAGUAAAGGCCACGAGGAAAGGCCCCCUGGGCACAGGUGGAAUUAAGAAAUCUGGUAAAAAGUAAGCU